CAAACCCCUCCUCCCUUUUGCCGUCUCCUGCCCUGCCCCCACAAACAUCCGACAGCCUCUCCGCCUUUAGCCGCGCUACCACCACCGGCAGAGCUCCCGAGCUUCGGAACUCCGCGGCAGCAGUCACCAGCUCCACCACUACCGCAAGGUCGGUGAGCUGCGGCGGGAGAGAUGGAGCGGCUGAACACGAAGCUGUACCUGCAGAACUGCUACAUCAUGAAGGAGAACGAGCGGCUGCGCAAGGCGGCCCUGCUGCUCAACCAGGAGAACCAGGCCCUGCUCUCCGAGCUCAAGCACCGCCUCGCCAAGUCCGCCGCGGCCGGCGCCGGCGCCGGCAACAACAACAGCAGCAACGGGGCGGCGGCGGCGGCGGCGGCUAACCGCGCGUCGCCGAAGCCCGGCAUCGACGCCGCGCCGCUGGCUCAGGCCGGCGGCAAGGGCAAGCCUGCUCCCAAGCCCAAGUAGGCAGGCAGCCCACCAUUGCAGCUCGAUCGCAAGCUACCUGGUGGUGCACACGCGGUGUCUGCUCGAGCUUGUGUCCUAGUGGCCUUCAUGGCGUUGGGUUUAGUCAGUUAGCUCUGGAUGUUGAUUUUCAGAAAGGUUUAGUCGUUUAAUUUUAGAGUUGAUGGAAAUCUCAGGAGUCCUGCCCCGACGGGCACUGGUGUAGCAGGAAUGCCCUUGUACUGAAUGGAUGGCGACUAGAUCGGUUGGGGGUGCAGAGAGAUCAUGGAUUCAUGGGUGUC